GAUACAUGAAGACGCUCAAAAUCUUCUCGUGAAAGGCGAAUAAUCUGUGACUACCUACAGAAUUCAUCCUACCAAGGGUCUUGAGUCGAGCGCCGAGGAUACAUUGUCGGCUGAACGGUGCCGAGGUGAAGCUCGUCGGUGGCUCCCCAAGUAUCGGGAGAAUCUUUGAAGAUACUGAUGUAUUCCAUUCCGCGUGAAAAAGCCGAAUUCAAGAGCAGCCACCAGCACAAUCAUCUAGUCAUCGUUGCCUCCUUCGGACGUAACCUCCUGUCUGUUUUUCUGGAUCUAUUUGCUCCGACGAGGAGACUGAACGUCCACCCGUUCCUUCCCCCGAGAUACCACGGGCGAGCGCCUAUGCUACACGCGAUUUCGUUGAGACUCGCGUUUCCAUCUUUAGCAUGUUUAAGAAGCGGACUAGAUGCUAGUGACGUGUGGAGGUCCGACGAGAUGGUUCAUUGCACCAUACACGACGUACCCCGAUGGACAAAACUCGCUAGCCCUGCAGAGAAACAAAUUGCUGGUAUCCGUACUACGGGAUAUGGCCGCAGAAGCAUCUGCAAAAACAGGUAUCUCAUGUGCUGCUGAUCACGUACAAUGAUCCUAUCAUGUGUUUUACUACCGCGUUUGUCGAGUCCAUCGUUCGACAGUAUUGAGCUAUCGGAAAUAAGCGUUUCAUCACCACACAACCUCAUUUCUCCAUCGGUAAAGGCAUUGAACCCGAGGUGUCGUAUCUUUACCACUCCAACGUGGUUCCAGUUCUAUGUAGAUGAACUCAAAUUGUUAAAAUAAUUGGAUGCCGACUUCAAAUAAGUUUAUUCUUCGCUGGAUGCGGCGAGAUGGCUCGACCUGACUCAGUAGAGACUAUCGCUAUGCUCGAGACGAAUGCUGAGGAUUGCGUUUGCGAGGAACAGGGAAGCGCUCAAGGCACCUGACAAUUACUGCU